CUCCUUCCCCCCCCCGCAGGACAUGGAGGUGUCUCCCACCGAGCUCAUGAACAUCCUCAACAAGGUGGUCACCCGCCAUCCCGACCUAAAAACCGACGGAUUCGGCAUCGACACGUGUCGCAGCAUGGUGGCCGUCAUGGACAGCGACACGACGGGAAAACUGGGAUUCGAGGAAUUCAAGUAUUUGUGGAAUAACAUCAAGAAGUGGCAGUGCAUCUAUAAGCAGUUCGAUUCCGACCGCUCCGGAACCAUCGGAGCCCAGGAGCUUCCCGGAGCCUUCCAGGCUGCAG